CAAGGAGAGAACCCAGGUGUCCGGGCUCUGCUCCCCACGAUGCCUCCGACUCCGGGCAAGGAGAGAACCCAGGCGUCCUGGCUCUGCCCCUCCCCCCCCCCCGAUACCCCCCACUCCGGGCAAGGAGAGAUCCCAGGCGUCCUGGCGCUCACCCCGUGUCUCCCCCAGGCCAGGAUGACGGGCAUGGCCGACAACCACCGGGAGAGCUGGGCGGGGCUGGUGGCGGAGGCCGAGCGGUACCGGCGCCGGACGGGGAACGAGGUGGUUCUGAUCACGGCGUACCGGGCCCCGCAGCCGGGCGGCUUCGCCUACACCCAGCACGGCUGCGGGGCCCUGGGCGACGCCGCCCGCCGCUACCUGGAGGACAUCGCCGUGGUCCACAAGACCACGGCUUUUACCUACGCCGCCCGGCCCCCGCCCGCUCCUCGGCCCCCCCCCAGCCCCUACUCCCGGAGCUGCCCCCCCCAGGACCCGCCCGCCGGCCCCCACUGGACAGCGGGCGCCCAGGGAGCCCCGGCCGAGGCCGCGGGGGGGCAGGAGGAAGAGGAGGAGGAAGAGGAGAAAAACGUGCCGGCGCCCAGGGAGAUGGAGGCACCCGGGAAGCAGCAGCCCCCCAGCGACACCACGGGUCUCUUUGUGAUGGACGAGGACUCUCCCAGCCAGGACUACGAGCCCUUCUUCGAUUCGGACCCGGAGAGCACUGACGGUAGGUUUGGGGUGGGGGUGUCAUGGAGUCACCGGCCGGUGUCCGUAGAAGGCCAG